AUGCAAUUUCGCGUACUGAACUUUCAUUCUCUAAAAAAUGGUUUUCAGAUGGUAUUCGUAUUAUUCUUCAGUACUGUAGGACUAGUCCUGUGGACAGUAUUCUUAGCAACUGCUUAUCUCUGCUAUCUUGUGCGACAUUCGAAUCAGCGAUCGAAUUUCAACCGACGCCUGGAGAAUAUUUCUGUGUGUUGUGUGAUGGGAUCAGGCGGGCAUACCAUGGAAAUGAUUGAAUUGUUGAAGACAAUGGGACCGGAUUAUAAUCGACGGUGUUACAUUAUUGCGGACACCGAUCGUAUCAGUAAAGAUAAGGUAAUCGAAUUCGAAAGUCUUCGUGGGAGCGGUAGUUAUGAAAUAUGUUUUAUACCGAGAAGUCGUGAAGUUGGACAAGGCUUCUUGACAGCUAUACCGAAGACGUUGUAUUCAUUUAUUUUCGCUCUUAAAACGGUUUGGAAAACUAGGCCAGAUCUUGUUAUAACGAAUGGUCCUGGUAGCUGUAUUCCUGUAGUGUUUGCUGCCGCAUUUUUCGAUAUGAUUCGUUUACGCGACAUAGUUAUUAUCUAUGAGGAGUCCAUUUGUCGGGUUGAAAGCUUGUCCCUAUCCGGUUGGUCUUACUUUUUUUGA